AUGCCUGGUCGGCAUCAAUCACCAACUGCACCCGCUCUGCCCCAACCCCUGCGUCGAUCACAAAGAACAGCGCCACCAACACCACGACAUCACUCAGCCCCACCCCACCGAUGGGAAGACGCCCGAAGUUUCAUCACCACCGGCGCCCUCACCUCCGACGAUGUGGACUCAGUCCUGUCACUGCGACCGCAUAUUAACCUCACGCAUCUGCCUGACCGGUCACUUUGCCUGCAGCACCAACCUACACUCGUCGCAUCCGCCCACGCACAUCCACUCAACGCAUGGGCCUACUCGUCCAUGUGCGUAUCCACGACAGCGGAAUUCGCCGCAGUCUUGACACACCAAGCGCACCCACCACGCCUAGCCCAAUUCACACCCCGCGGUCCAGCGCGCCCACCACCAGCGGCUCCACCACCGAAACUGACUCUGGCAGCAUCAAGGGCGCCAAGUUUUCUCAGUUGA